AUGGAACAGCGCGCGAACCGCGCAAGAAAUGCGCUGCUUUCGGGAGCGCCCGAUGCGGGCACGAAUGGGGCGCCUGGGUGGCCAAAUGAACAAUGGAGCACAUCCGCGAUUCUCGAACUUGCGUACGACGCUUCCGAUCCCAGCGCACGCCCAGCGGCUGUGCCGUCAGAAUCCACAGAGCGCGAACCAAAUGCAAGCCGGCCCGCGCUUGGAGGAGAUAAUGGAAUUGUAGAUACGAUUUCGAGUGCGCUUGAAAAUUCUGGUCCUUUGUUUACGCUGGACGAUCGUGGGAAACGCCGCGCUAUACACGAUGCAUCGCCGUCGAAACGCGUGCGCGCACAUGAUUCGCUGGAUGUAGAGUCUCGCCACGGCAUUGAUCCAGCUUUGGAUGUGCGAGAGGAUGCGUAUGCAGGCCCAUUUGAUGCCGUGCACACGCUGGGGUCGCAGUUUGUUGCACAUGAUGCUGGUUUGCCCUUCGAUAUUGCGCCACGGUACGACGAAGCAGCGGCCAACACUGUAAUGCAAGUAGCGACACCCGCCGAUGCCCAGAUAACCCAGCGACGGCUUCAACGACGCGACGACACAGGCAAAAAGCUGAAACCCACACAGGAAAAAGCACGCGCAGCAUUUGUCACUGCACACGCUGGACAGACGUACGAGCAAAUGGUGCUAGAGCGCGCGUACUCGAGCGACCGUCUCUAUUGGCUAAAGGAAGCCUAUGGACUAUCUUGGCGGACAGGGAGAUGGAGCCAGGAAGAAGAGGAUUUGGCGACCGCGGCGCUGGACAAGUUUUGCAAGCACUACAAACUCUCGCCCGCGGCGCUAGACGAGCUAAUAUGGCACCGCAAGCCAGAGCAGAAGCAUUUGCACGAGGAGCUUUGGAAGCACAUUGCACUAUCCGUAGGCACGCGCCCGAAUUAUGCCGUGCGCAUGCACAUCAAAUCCAUGCGCAAGGACGUAGUCCGCGGCGGGAAUUGGUCGGCCAGCGAGGUCGAGGCGCUCGCUGCCGCAGUGGCCGAGUUGGGCCGCCAGUGGGAAAAGAUUGGCGCGCGCCUUGGCCGCUCGGGCAAUGUUUGCAAGCACUAUUGGCGUGAGCAGAUGCAAAACAGCCACCCGGCCAGCAUACCGCUCGGCGCUUUUCGGCCUGAGGAAGAGGUUGCAUUGCGCCGUGCCGUGCUUGAGUGUUGCGAAAGGGUGGGCUGUCGUCCCGACGGCCCGAACCUGCCCUGGACCUUGAUCCACGAACGGCUGGGCCCCUCGACGCGGCGGAUCAGCGUCUUGAGCCGCAAGUGGCGCGGAAUGCUGAGCGCCGAACGCCGCAAUUUAGAGGACCAGAAUGCGCGAUGGUAUGCUCCGCACGACGACCAUAUCUUGAUCCAACGGAUCCGUGCACAAGGCAAGCUGCAUGUGGCCGAUGUUGAGUUUGACAAGCUCGCCACGGACGACUGGCAAUGGCCCACGUACGUGGUCAAGAAGCAUUGGACUGUAAUGUACCGUAAACGCGCCCCGCCAGAUUUUCAGGGCACACUCGACGAGCUGCUCGAUAUGCUGGACAGCCGCGUGCCGUCGCCGAACGAGUACAAGUUGCUUGCGUCGGGGCGUCGGCCAGCCAAGUCACCGCCGAUAGAGUCCUAUACAGACGCAGGUCCUUAG